AUGUCCUGGUUCCAGGCACGCAACUUUUUCGACUCGUUCCGCCCGGUCUAUGUGGCUACGAAAGCUUGCCACAUUCACUUCGAAACGUUGGAUUUCCAGCAGCAAACCAUUCGUCGAACGCUUCUUGAUCAAUUCCGAUUCAUUUUCACCAUGGUGGUGGACGCCUAUUUCAUCUAUCGAAGCAUAGUGUUGAAUCUUCCCUAUCUGUAUCUCACCGAGUCCGUUCUACUCAAUGUGGGCAACUAUCUCAGCUUGGUAUUGCUCUCGAUGUUGACGUUCACUCUACCCCUUUGGAAUCGACUCAAAACCGAAGAAGUGUUCGAAAUUUAUGCGAACGUCAACGAGUGUGACCGAAAGCUGGGAACGCUGGGAAUCGAAAUCAACUACCGGAGGCACUACUGGAUCAGUGUGGUGUACGUGCUGUGUACGAUGUGCGCCGCCAUAAUCGGGACGUGGAAUGCUGUCUCUGUUCGACGGGACUCGGCUUGGACGAACAUUACCAUGACGGCACCGCAGGUGUUGACCGUAGUGGCGAUAUUUAGAAUAUCUACAAAUUAUGGGCUGUUCACUUGCUACAGCAAUCUAUCGCUGAUAUCGAUCAACGAACGCCUGGAUAGUUUGUAUAGCGUUAUGACAAAACACUUGGCAACAAUGAUAACUUCGCCAAGUACCGUCAGCUCCGGACAGGUAUGUCACAUGAUUCGGCAAGUGGCCGAAACCCACCAUCAGCUGAACGACACCAUCCUUCUGUUCAACCGCUGCUACUCCUUCCAAGUCUUGCAUGCAACGACAAUGUCCGCCUUUUUCACGCUUUUCGUCGUCUUUGGAUUCAUCCAUGCUUAUGCGUCGGAGAAAAAUGACAUCACGAUGAACGUGACAUGGAACAACCUACUGUACGACGUGUUCUACAUUGCGAUGUUUUUGCAGCUAGUGGUGUCGACAAGCUUCGUCAGCGGAAACUGCAAACGAAUUGCCACUGCGGUUCACAAAAUGAUAAGCCACGCCCACUACGAUAAGGGGAUCUUCAGGGAAUUGGAAAGUUUCUCGCAACAGCUGAAUCAUCACGCUUCAAGGAUCAGUUCCGGCUUGUGUGAUUUCGACUGGACGUUGCUAUACUCGAUUGCUGGAACGUUUACAACGUACUUGGUCAUUCUGCUGCAGUUCGAUGUGGGAAACUUGGAUUUUCAUCGACAUAAAUAG